AUGGCCGAAGAAACGUGUUGUGGUUGUAAUACUCUCGAUGACAAUGAAUACGACAUGGAAAUGCAAGUCGGUUCCGUUUUUAUAAUGUUUGCCGUUGGAGCGAUAGGUACGAUGGUACCAAUCAUUUCGAAGAAGAUUCCGCAGUGUAAGUCUAACUCAAUUAUAAUGGAGGGUAUUAGCUCCUUUGCAUACGGUGUCGUCCUUGCUACGGGUCUCAUUCAUAUGAUUAUGGAGGGUACAGAAAAGCUUAGCGACGUGUGUCUUGGAUCAAUUGUCGAAGAGUACGAGAGUUUAGGUCUUGCCUUUGUGCUAAUUACUCUUGUGGUCAUGCAUUUUAUUGAAUGUGAAAGCACCGUUUUUUUUGGUGAUCAUGGCUCACCUCAUCAUGGACAUGGUCACGUUCAUAAUGAAGUGAUACAAGAUACUGUCGUUCCUUCUGAUAGUAUACUUGGAGAAUAUCCAUAUCAAAAAUCUCUGGACAUUUCCAACCGCUCAAAACUUCGUCGUAAAGUUGCAACGCUUAUCUUUGAAGCUGGAGUUAUUUUUCAUUCCGUCAUUAUUGGACUGAAUUUGGGAGUGACAGCAGCGUCUGAAUUCAAUACUCUUCUUGCAGCACUUUGCUUUCAUCAGUUCUUCGAGGGUAUUGCUAUCGGUACAUCUUCUCUCAGCUCCAUCGAUACAACACGCAAGUUGUUGAUGGUUAAUUUCGCUUUUGCUAUUACAACUCCAACGGGCCAAAUAAUUGGCAUUGCAAUUCGAAACUCAUAUUCAGCUUCUUCGUCGACUGCGCUUUGGGUACAGGGUAUACUGGGUUGUGUUGCUGGAGGUAUCUUGCUUUACACUGGUCUGGUGGAACUACUUACUUACAACAUGACCACAAACGGCCAAUUUUUGUCGCGCCCUCUGGCUGAACGGUACACACUAUACAUCUGCUUGUGGAUGGGUGCAGGUUUGAUGGCUUUGAUCGGAAAGUGGGCGUGA